UCCCAUCGUCCGUGUCAUUCUAAUGGGACAACUUGCCUAGCUGCGACUUGUACGAUCUCGUACCACAAGCUUAUUUACGUUGGGAUAGGAUGAAGCAGCCCCUCGUCAACCCGACUUACCAACCCGUCCCGCACCCGGAGACUCGAUUCGCUUCGUUCCGCGAAUUCUACCCGUUUUACCUGGGAGAACACGCCAACAGGAUCAACCGCCUCAUGCACCUCCUAGGAACCUCCGCAGCGGUCCUCUCCACCUCCCGUGUGCUUCUCUCCCUCGUCCCUUACCUGCUCGCUCGGCUGGACCUCCAGUCAAGUAAAGAAAUCAAAGCUCUGCAGUUGACGCUCGGAGAAGCGGGGAAGGUGAUUCUGAGGGGGAUCGGGAUCGGGUACGCAUGUGCCUGGGUAGGACAUUUCUUCGUAGAGAAGAACAGGCCUGCGACGUUCAAGUACCCGCUCAUGUCGUUCAUGGGCGACCUGAGGAUGUUGUUCGAGGUCGUCACCCUGCGCCGGUCCAUCUAAACCAUCGGAAGACUCUUCUUUUUCAACUGUAAUGUACCUUGUUUUGUAAUGUAUUUUUUCCUUUCUUGGUCCGUGCGGUAUCGUGUGUCAUAUACGAAAUUCAAUACGCUCGGGCUAUGCCCAGACAUUACGCUAUCGACCUGACGAGGUCAAUCCGUCCAGAUCAAUACGUUGAUACGUUCCCAUGUGUAAUUAGUCAUUCUGCG